ACCAUGGUAUGCUUGAAAAUAAUUAAAAAACACAAAGGAGAUAAGAGGUUAGCUCAGACACAAGUCUCUCUCUCCCUUCUAAAAGCAUCCACCUCGUUCUCAUGCGCUGCGUUUUUCAUAACCCAACCAUACCUAAAACCAAAGCCAUGAGCACAGAAACAGAGUAUCACUCCAAGGACUUCGAGUGGGACCAACUCAGAGAAGAGAUCGAGAACGACCCCUCCCUUCGCUACCACUUUCAACUCUCUUCCCAACCAGAGACCAUCCAAUUCUCUCCCUCUCUCUCUUCUCACGACUCUCAGGCAUGGGACAACUUCCACACUCGUCACUCCACCGGCAAAUUCUUCAAGGAGAGACGGUAUCUUUUGAAGGAAUUUCCAGAGCUAGCUUCUUGUGAUGAAAAUUCAAAGGUUUUGGAGGUGGGAUGUGGUAAUGGCAGUACUGCUUUGCCAAUAUUACGUGGCAAAGAGAGAAUCAUUGUCUGUGCCUGUGAUUGCAGCACCGAGGCUCUUGAGAGGGCUAAAGAACUUAUUUAUGCCACUAAUAUAGUCUCAGUUUCACAUCGUUUCCGUACAUUUCAUUGUGAUUUUUCUGUAAGUGGAUUUCCAAAGUGGCUGGCCUGCAAUCUUUGCCAAGAAAUUUUUUCAAAGAAAGGGCACAAUUGUUUUUCAGAUUUUAGCGACAAGAUGAGGAAUGACUUAAAUGAUUUUUUCUCCUCAGAGGGCAAUUACUGCUGCAUGGGUGGGGUGGAUUUUAUUACCUUAAUAUUCACGCUAUCAGCAGUACCACUUCACAGAAUGCCAACUGCUAUCGCAGAGUGCUUCUCUGUUUUAAAACCCGGUGGCCUACUCUUAUUCAGGGAUUAUGGCCUUUAUGACAUGACCAUGCUCCGAUUUGAGCCAGAAAAAAGAGUCGGGUUCAGGGAGUACAUGCGUUCCGAUGGAACCCGUUCUUAUUUCUUCUGUUUGGAUACUGUGAGGGAUUUAUUUGUAGGUGCAGGCUUCACCGAGCUUGAGCUAGAAUAUUGUUGUGUGAAGACCGUGAAUCGCCGGAAUGGGAAGAGCAUGCGGAGGGUGUGGGUUCACGGGAAGUUUCAAAAACCCACAUAAAGUUGUCCACCAAAAUGUGGUUGGUCCAACUAGAACAGUAUAUUGGUGAAAUCCUGUGAAUGAUCAGCAAAUACAGUAAAUGCAAGCUGCUACCACUGGUAAAGGGGUUCAAAAAACUAUGUUCUCACUUUCUUCAAUUCGGAAUCGAUUCACAACAAAUCUUCGUUGGAAAGAGGGAAUUUCACUGUCGAGGCGAUUGUGGCAGAUUUGAAUUCAUAACUAUAAUUCUCAUCACUGCGCUCAUUCAUUGAUCAAGGCUUGACGGAAGAACUUUCUUAGUCUUGCUGCUUGAUUUCUUGACAUUUUGUAAUAAAAACUGUUUCACUUGAUUUUGUAAAAGAAACUGUUUGUUCUAAUAUUAGAGUUAACAAGUGAAAAAUAUGAGAUAAAAGCUUUUGAUCUUAUUUGUUACA